AUGGACGACCAGACCUGCAGCGUGAUCCGGUCGCCUUCACCCGCCGAGCGCAGGGGCAACGCCACGACUGACAAGCGGGGUUAUGCUGAGGUGGAAAAGGGCGUCAUGACAGUGGAAAACAUGCUUGAGGAGUCCGCUGCGCUCUCUGCGCCUCACCUGUCUGUGGAUCAAUACGAGCGCAGCGGCCAAGGAUGCUGCGAGAGGGUGGUUAUCAACAUUUCGGGCUUACGCUUCGAGACACAGCUCAAAACUUUCAACCAGUUCCCUGACACGCUGCUGGGGGAUCCCAGGAAAAGGAUGCGCUACUUUGACCCACUGAGGAACGAGUACUUCUUCGACAGGAACAGACCCAGCUUUGAUGCCAUACUAUACUUCUACCAGUCAGGGGGGCGCAUCCGGAGACCUGUUAACGUCCCCAUUGAUAUUUUCUCCGAGGAGAUAAGGUUUUAUCAACUCGGAGAGGAGGCAAUGGAGAAAUUUCGCGAGGAUGAAGGGUUUAUAAAAGAAGAGGAGCGCGUGCUGCCCAAGAACGAUUUUCAAAAGCAGGUUUGGCUUUUGUUUGAAUACCCGGAAAGCUCCGGACCAGCUCGGGGGAUAGCCAUUGUGUCAGUGCUUGUGAUUUUAAUCUCAAUUGUGAUAUUCUGCUUGGAGACACUGCCGGAAUUUCGGGAUGACAGAGACCAAGCCACGGUGGCACCAGUGGUCAAUGGCACUGCUCCCCACAGGAGCCAGUUCACAGACCCCUUCUUCAUCAUAGAGACUCUCUGUAUCAUCUGGUUCUCCUUUGAGCUGCUCGUCAGGUUUUUCGCGUGCCCAAGUAAAACUUCCUUCUCCAGAAACAUCAUGAACAUUAUUGACAUUGUCGCCAUAAUCCCCUACUUUAUCACGUUGGGCACAGAGCUGGCUGAGAAGCAAACCAACGGUGGCCAACAAGCCAUGUCCCUCGCCAUCCUGAGGGUGAUCAGACUGGUGAGGGUUUUUCGUAUAUUCAAGCUCUCACGACACUCGAAGGGACUUCAGAUUUUAGGCCAGACCCUCAAGGCCAGCAUGAGGGAGCUUGGGUUGCUGAUAUUUUUCCUUUUCAUUGGAGUUAUCCUCUUCUCCAGCGCGGUUUACUUCGCAGAGGCAGACGACCCCUCAUCCAGCUUCACCAGCAUCCCGGACGCAUUUUGGUGGGCAGUGGUCACCAUGACCACUGUGGGAUAUGGAGACAUGCAUCCGGUGACCAUUGGUGGGAAAAUCGUGGGGUCUCUGUGCGCAAUAGCAGGCGUGUUGACCAUUGCCUUACCCGUGCCAGUGAUUGUGUCCAAUUUUAACUACUUUUACCACAGGGAGACGGACGGAGAGGAACACGCUCAGUACUUGCAUGUGAGCAGCUGCGAGCACCUUCCCUCCGAGGAGCUGAAAAGGACGUGCAGCUCCUCAUCUUUCAGCAAGUCUGAGUACAUGGUGAUAGAGGAGGGCGUCAACAGCGCCUUCAAACAGCCCAACUUCACCAACGAGAGCAACCAAAACUGCGUGAACAUCAAAAAGAUCUUCACAGAUGUGUAAAUG